UCGUUGCCCGCCCCGGAUGUGCUUGCGAGGGACUUCCGGGUUAUAAUGGCGGCGUCCCUGGCUGCGGCCGGAAGAUGCCGCUCGUGGUGCUGUGCGGGCUGCCGGGCAGCGGGAAGAGCCGGCGGGCCGAGGAGCUGCGGGGGGCGCUGAGCGCGGAGGAGCGGCCGGUGCACGUGGUGGCGGAGGCCGCGGGGGGCCGCGCGGCGCUGCGGGCCGAGGUGGAGCGGCGGCUGAGCCGGCGGGACGUGGUGAUCGUCGACGCGGGGAACGAGUUGAAGAGCUUCCGCUACGAGCUCUACUGCGUGACCAAGCAUGCGGGCACGCCGCAUUGCCUGCUGCACUGCUCGGGGGGCGCCCCGCAUCCGUCCGCGGGCCCCUUCGAGACCCCGGACUCGCGGAACCGCUGGGACCGGCCCCUCUUCAUCGUGCACGGGCAGGAGCCGCUGCCGCUGGCGGAGAUCCGCGCCGCCCUCUUCGAGAGCAGGCCGCCCCCGCCCAACCAGUCCACCCGCUCGCAGCCCCUGCAGUCCGCCGGCUUCCUCCACCAGCUGGACCGGGUCACCCAGGAGGUGCUGGCUGCCGUGCUGGCCGCCCAAAGGAGCGGGGCCCAGCCUGGGGAGCUGAUCCAGGUGGCUGGGGCCAGCGAGGGGCUGGUGCUGAGCCGGCCCCUGGGCAUGGCUGAGCUGAGUCGGCUCCGAAGGCAGUUCAUCAGCUACACCAAAAUGCAUCCUAGUGAGGAGAACCUGCCCCAGUUGGCCAACAUGUUCCUGCAGUACCUGAGCCGCAGCAUCCAGUGACCCCAUAGUCUCCCUAGUCCAGUGUCUGAACAGGAGGGCUGGCUAAUGGGGUCCAGUCACCGAGAGCCUCCACAUCCCCCAAAAUAAGAGUCUAUGCCAAUGGGAAGUUGGCUCUCCCUAGUCCCUGGUCUCCAGUGCCUGGACCAGAAGUCUGUGCUGAUAGACAGGAGGGCCCUGCAUUACCCAUCAUCUGAGCAAGAGUAUCCAACCAGAGCGAGUAUGGAGAACCAGCUGCGGUGGUCCAUGAUUUCUGCUAACAGGAGUAGUGGGUGUGCACACCUCCCCCCCCCCCAAGUAGCAGCCUCAGCAUCUGAGUAGGAAUGCCUAACAAGGGCAGCUACAGGCAGCUAGCCAUUGCAUCCUCAAGCAUCCCAAAAGUCUACUAAUGGGGGCUAUGGAGAGCCAAACCCCAUUAACCGUAUAGUCUCUGCAGUGUCCAAAGAGGAAUGCUACAGGGGAGCUGAGCUCUCAUGCUGCUGCAGCAUCUUGAGGAACGAUAAUCUUUCAUCUGGGUUUUUUUGUGCCUGCCCUAAAUAAGGCAAGGAUAAAAUGGAUUCAUCAGACUGUACAAAGGAGGCCUUGCUACUCCAGGAUUGGGACUUAUAGCCUUUUUAAAAACUGGGGGUGUUUUCAAAAGUUUUUCUGAACCCAGGAAAUUAAUCUUCAGUUUAGACAGUGGAAAUAUGUUUACUUUGUGAACUCAAAUGUCUGUCUCUCUUUUUGAAAUCCUGUGCCUGGGAUGGAAUGAAAUAUUUAAUUUACUUUCAAAACAAUUAUUUCAGCAACUUUCUGUGGCUUCCUUUCCAAAGUCAUUGGCAGAUCCUGGGCUAAAUACACUAAUUGUUCAGUUAACAGCAGGUGCUCUCACAAUGAGGAUGAUCUGAAUUGUACUUCAUUAUUACAGUAUCUGUUCUGAUUGCAUACACCCCUUGGAACUCUUUUAUAUGCCUUAAUUAAGAGAUUAUAUGGGGAGUUAGUGCAUGGCAAGCUGGGGUGUAAAUCUACAUGCUGUAGCAUGCUUCCCAGUACCUGUCUGCUUGCACCUCCUGCUGUGCACUAAAAUUUCCUUAGUGCUCUGUGAACAGUAGUAGGUCAAAGCACACUAGGUAAUUUUUAGUGAGCACCAGCAUGGGCCACACAGUCAGUGCAUGGUAUACUAGAGCGCUGUAGAUUUACACCCCGGCUUGCCAUGUACUAAUUCUGCUGUGUAGACAUACCUGCUUGCUAACUCAGUUUUGGAUCCUGUCCUUCUGUUUAACCCUAAUCUUAGUAUGAACCCUCUCCCUGCAUAUGCAUACCUGCUUCUCUUUGCCUUUUGAGGAAGGCUUCCCUCCCUGUUAAACAUUCAUUUAUUUGUCUGGAAUGAUGGCAUAAAGUGGGGGGCGGGUCACUUCAGUGAGUAUAAAAGUUCAUAUGCUCUGACUACCCAAUAAUAUAUACCAGUCAGUACGUGGAUUUGUAUAUUGUGAGACUGAAAAAUGACUCUAGCUGCUAUGUAAAGAGACCCCACUUUGCCCCCUGUGGGCAAUUAAAUUGGAAAGAAUAAAAGCUGGGAAGUGUGUGGUCAAAAGCAGUAAAACAUCUCUGAUACCUGAUUUGCUGAGAAUUCUAUUUUAGUAAUUAUAAACCCCUCAAUUCAAAAUCUGUCUAGAAAAGUUUGCCCUUGAUAGUAGUGUGUGGUACUAGACCAGGUGCUGGCUGGCUGGACUGUGUUCACUUAUUAAAUGGGAAUCAUUGAUACUGUUAUAACUUCAGUAUAUCUUUCGGAUAAAUCUGUCACCCUACUGCUGAAGAAAGAGCGAAAUCAUGUUGGGCUACAUGAAAGAAAUCAGUGAGGGUGUAACAUUCUAUUUUCUCAACAUCCCUUAAUUCGUUUGAUGUUCUAAUAUUAGUUUGGGCAGGAAAAUGUGUGCCCAUGUUCUGUGUAUGCUACAGAGAAGCAGCUUCUAUGCUGAUAAUAUAUUUCUGUGGUUAAAAUUGGAAUUGACCGUAUAUGCAUCUCUUAGCACAAUUUCCCCCCUUUCUUGGUACUCAGGACUAUAAUUGGUUAUAACUGGAAGGACGCUUCCAUUCAUACCUCUCAUUCUUUUCUAUAAAUUUAAGUAAUUCAAUGCCGUCAUCCACUGCAAGGUGGAACAAUAUAAUGUAAGGAACAAUCUCGUUUAAAAUGAAUCAAGCAUUAGCACUGCCACCACUGCCCUGGGAAGACUUUUACAGUUUUAUAAGUUUAAUUGGUAAAAAUCCCAUGCCACACUCCUCUAACAUCCUGGCUCCUUGCCUGCAUCUAUUGUGUGCUUUCUCUGGUGCCAGAUUGCCUUCUGUGCUCUCUAUGUAUCAGCUGUCCCUGUAAAGAUACUGUUACUCUCCACAUGGGAGUAUUUCUUGCCCCAUAUCCCUCUGGCUGCAGCAGCCUCUGGCUCUGUGAAGGGAUUUGGGAUCUUACCUUACUAAGGGUGUGUGGCCAUUGUGAUGUGGCUUUAAAAAUCCUUCUGUUACAUUUUUCCUUUUACAUGCCACUCUCUUGUUAGAAACAGACUAUAAGGUGCAAAGAGACACUGUCAAGUAAAAAAAAAAAUCUUAGAGGUGUGAGGUAGAAAAAACCUUAAUGGAUCACCUCUCUGCUAAUGCAAACCUGUUCUCGGCAGAGCAUUUUGUUUUGUCCUGUCUUCAAGUAUCCGAAGUGAUGGUGUGCACUACUUCAUUUAAGACAUUAUUUCCACAGCUUAAUGUAUCUAACUACUGGAGUUUUUUCUCCCUGAUAUUCAGAUAAAUUGUCCUUUUCUCCAUCAGAUUAUUCCUAGUUAUAAUUCCAUACUUCCUUGCUUAGUUUUUCUUGUAUGCAAACAAGAUCUGGAUAACCCUAUACAGCUGAUAGACUUGCAUGACUUUUUUUAAUUUGUGUAAACAGUUUUUAUAAAAUUCCCUUGCAGUGUUAACAGGCCAAAUGUUAUAGCAUUAUACUGUUUGCAUGAAAACCUGAAAGUGAUUAUAAAUAAAAGUGAAACACACUUUCAUAUCUAUAGUGAAUCAUCCAAACUGAGAUAUCUGCAGCAAAUGAACAACAUGAGUGGAAAUGUUGGCCCUGACUGAAGUAAUGAGCAAGAAAUUCAACUUCUGAAAUUCUUACUUUUAAUGUAAGGUGUCAAAAAGUGCUAUGUAAAACUUGUUUAAAAAAUUAGACUCCACCUUAUAGUGACCCCCCUGUACAUUUUUCCAUAAAAUUUUGUUUUCAAGAAAACAAAGGUAUUUACUUUUAUUUUCACUAGUAGUAGCAGCUAGCCAGUAAACUUACCUCCAUCAAAGCUGUUUUGGACUACCAUGAUUCAUAUUUAAUUAAAAACUUCAUGCAGUGUAACUUCUUACUCUUGUUACCCAAUCACAAUUUGUGUCUAAAUUGACAUUUGUAGCGGCCCUUUCCUAUGUUCUGCACAACAUGAUAUGAGAUAUACAUAGCUAGAAAUCUAGAUACCACACCAGGCAUACUCCCUCCCUAAGUCUAACGCUUUCAGGUUCUGUCUAGAAUGGCUUCAUAUUCCUAUAUCCAAAACAACUUUAAAAAAACAACUUGGUGACUUAAAAUGCAAUAUUUUGAGGUAAAGGGAAGUCAAGGCUUAGCUGAUAUACAAAUCUUGGGGGAAAUAUUGUUUGCCUGCAUAUUUUCAAAAAACCCCUAGUUUACUGAAAUAAUCCAUUCCAAUCAAAUCACAUGUGUUUGGUUUUUUUUUCAAUUCUACCUGUAAUUCUGCCAAUUUCUGAUCAUGUGUUAGACCGUGUCAUUCAGAAAUAUUUUAACAUACUGCUAAAUUUCAUACUUCCCAAACUGGAGAAAAUAAAGACAUAUAUUAAACCCCCAAAAGUCUACCCUAGAGACGGCGGCUUUCUAGUGCGGAUGAAUCUUGCUGUGUGGAAAAUGUUUAUAUAAUUGUGAGAUGUUAGUGAAGAAGCAGAGGUGCUUUCUAGGACAAGAUUUUAGAAGAACUUGUUUGCUUGGAGUUAAUAUAUGAACAGGUAUUAUCUUUGUAUACAGAAUUAGUAGGACCUUUACUGGAACCCAGUGCCCACACUUUGGAAAGGGCUCAGAAAAGAGCUACUAGAAUGAUUUGAUGUCUGGAAAACCUGUCUGACAGUGAAAGACUUAAGAAACUCUAUUUAGCUUAUCCAAGACAAGGUUAAGAGGUGACAUUAUCUACAACUACCUGCAUGGGGAAGAGAUUUCUGAUAGCACAUGACUCUUUAAACUAGCAGACAAAGGUAUAACAAGAUCCAGUGAUCUGAAACUGAAGCUAGGCAAAUUCAGACUAGAAAUAAAGUGCAAAUUUUAAACAGUUAAGUAAUUAAGUAGUGGGACAAUCUGUAUAGGGAUAUAGUGGGUUCUAAAUCACCGGAACUCUUUAAGUGACUAUGAGAUGUAUUUCUAAAAGAUAUAAAAUUUUUAUUAAAGUUAAUGUUAAAAAAAUAUAUAAUACAUAGGUUGGGAAAAGAGUGUGUACAUCUGGGUAUAGUGGUUAGAUUAUUCACAAAAAUGAAGUUAAUUUUUAAGUCACAUGAUACAUAGAGUACAUAAUCAGCAAUAACCCAAAUUUAGGUGAAUAGAUUCAAGAAUACAGUUUAGAUACUAGAAUCCGAGUACUCAGGUACAUCACUCAUGAAAAGUUGUACAGAGAUUUGGUUGUGGAAAGCAAAAUAUAUCAAUGAGUGGAGAUUGUCCCUCAGUAAUUGAGAAUUAGGUUGGUUGUCCACUUAGAAUAUAUAAUCCAUGAGGAAAGUAUUUGUUACGUUCCUGACUGCACUUCUCAUUGGCACUCCAGCUCAUCCCUCCUGGUAUUGCCGAUGUCCAGUGAUGUGUUCUAUGUAGAUGUCCCUCGACCACCUGAUUGUGUCCGACACCAUGAGUUGCUGCAUCAGCCAAGCAUAGUGUUGACUGAUUCUGCUUUCUAGCUCAAACUGAAAUUAUGGGUUUGAUGUAGAAAUUAGUGGGUGUGGCUCUGUGACCUGUGUUAUGUAGGAUGAAAUAGACUAGAAGAUCAUAAUGGUCCCUUCUGGCUUUAAAAUCUACAAACAUAGGAGAAUAACGUUUCUACUUUUUCUUGGGAGUCUUGUUUAGUAAUAAGUAUACAUGAAGUAACUGGCAAAUCAAUAUUUGGACUCUUCCUUUGCAGAAAGUUUCAACAUAAACUUCUAGUAGUUGAUUGUUUAAAAUAGGGGUUCCCUCAAUGUCCUUCAUAUCAUGAGCCCACAUCCUGCAGCUCUCCACACUUCCUCCUCAAGUGGGCCCCAAGAUACUUUUGGUGAUUCCCACAGUGCUUCAUAGAAAGGAACAUAGAAAUCAACACUGGUUUAUGGAAUGCUUCUGAUAGUGGACUGCUGCUUCAUCAGAAAGUCUAGAGAAAGGGAAUGGGAGUGGGCUCGUGAAAUUAUCUUUUGAUAACCUUUUGCCAGAAGCUGAGACUGGACAACCUGAUAAUUGCCCUGUUCUGUUCAUUACUUCUGAAGCAUCUGGCACCAGCUGUUGUUAGAAGACAGGAUAUUGGGCUAGAUGGACCAUUGGUCUGACCCAGUAUGGCCAUUCUUAUGUUCUUACCAUUCUGUUGCCACGACAUCAUUCCUGUUAUAGUAGAUGAUUGAUAGAUUUUUAGGGUCUGACAGAGUGACCAGCUGCAAUGUAACUAUACCAGUAGCCAUCAUUACCACUUAAAGAAUGAGAUUGUUCUGGGCUUCAGCCAUCAAUCAGCUUAUUCAUUACUAUUUUUUAACUGCUUCAUAGUUUGUUUGUUUUUAUUAUUUUUAUUUUUUAAACUGUCAACAAUAAAUAGAGUUUGCCAUCUGUGUCUACUGAA